UAGACACACCCAUUCCAUUCUCAUUGACCUUUUUAUUCAUUCCUUCACUCUAUUCACUAACGAGUUGCUACAAAAGUAUCUUCAUUUCUUCUCCAAUUCUUGGAACAAUGGCAAGCACUAGUAGUUUUGAUAGAUCUGUCAGCGUCCCAGCUCCAAACACAAACGGAAUGGUGAAGAUUCGCUCUACAAACGUGUUCCAACAGCCGAGCCACAUCACAAGGAAGAAGAGAGGAGAGAUAGUUGGGGGAGGCCCCGAGGGAAGCUUUCAUGGCUGCUGUGUCUGGUUUACUGGUCUCUCUGGAGCUGGUAAAACAUCAGUGAGCUUUGGAACUGAAGACUUUCUCUGCUCCAAGGGAUAUGCCUCUUAUAGUUUGGACGGAGACAAUAUAAGGACAGGAUUGAAUAAAGACCUUGGGUUCAGCCCAUCCGAGAGAGAAGAGAAUAUUCGUCGAAUCUCAGAAGUUGCUAAAUUAUUUGCAGAUGCUGGAAUUAUAGUUUUGACUAGUUUCAUUUCCCCUUAUGCUAAAGACAGGGUUCAAGCUCGUGAACUGCACGAGAAAGCCGGCCUCUCUUUUUUUGAAGUUUUUGUUGACACUCCCCUCUCAGUCUGUGAGGAGAGAGACUGCAAAGGACUGUACAAGAAAGCAAGGGCUGGGAUAAUUAAAGGUUUUACUGGUAUUGAUUCCAAGUACGAGCCUCCAUUGAAACCUGAUCUGGUAUUAAAGUCAGCAGAAUGGAGUAUUGACCAAUGUGUUGAUGAGGUCAUCAAGAUGCUUAGAAACCAUAAAAUCAUCCCUCCUGACCUAAAAGAGGAAGUGAAGGAAUUGUUUGUUCCUCCAAGUGUAAUUGAUGAUGUUAGAAAAGAGGCUGAGACCCUCCCAGUUCUUAACAUUGGGAAACUGGACCUACAGUGGGUCCAGGUUUUAAGUGAAGGAUGGGCCUCUCCCUUAAAAGGAUUCAUGAGAGAGAAAGAGUAUCUACAAUGUCUUCAUUUUGCAACAUUGUUAGACGGAGGUGUCUUCAGUCAGUCAGUACCAAUAGUACUUCCUGUAACUGAGGAGGAUAAGAAGAGGCUUGAAGGGAGCAAUGGGUUCUCACUGGUGUACGAAGGUCUUAUUGUUGCUGUAAUGAAGAACAACGAGUUCUACCCUCACAGGAAAGAGGAGAGGUGCUGCAGACAGUUUGGUACCACACACCCUGACCAUCCUUACAUUAACAUGAUUAAUGAGUCUGGUGAUUGGCUGGUGGGCGGAGACUUGGAGUGUUUAGAGCGGAUACGUUGGAAUGAUGGUUUAGAUAAGUACAGGCUGACCCCCAUUGAGUUGAGGACUGAGUUCAAGAGACGUGGCUCUGACGCUGUGUUUGCCUUUCAACUGAGGAACCCAAUACAUAAUGGCCACGCCCUCUUAAUGAGAGAUACACGAGCCAUGCUCCUUGAGAGAGGUUACAGGAACCCUGUCCUCCUCCUCCACCCUCUGGGGGGUUGGACUAAGUCUGAUGAUGUUCCUUUAGAAGUUAGAAUCAAGCAACAUUUAGCUGUUCUUGAGGAAGGAGUCCUUGCACCCGAGAACACUGUCCUGGCUAUAUUCCCAUCACCUAUGAUGUAUGCAGGUCCUACUGAGGUCCAGUGGCAUUGUAAGGCUCGUGUUGCUGCUGGUGCUAAUUUCUACAUCGUUGGUCGGGAUCCAGCUGGUAUACCACACCCAGCUACUAAAACUGACCUUUAUGAUCCAAACCAUGGGAAACAGGUGUUACAAAUGGCUCCUGGUCUGACUGAGUUGGAAGUUGUUCCAUUUAGAGUUGCUGCCUACAACAAGAAAACAUCAAAAAUGGAAUAUUACGAUCCAAGCAAUAAGGAAGACUAUGAAUUUAUUUCCGGUACUAAAAUGAGAGGAUUAGCUAGGACAGGGCAGUCUCCUCCUGAUGGCUUCAUGGCUCCAAAGGCAUGGGAAAUACUAGUAGGACACUAUCAGAAAACAGCGGCUGGAACUAAUAAUUAAAUGAUAAUAAUAAUAAUAGAUACAAAGAAGCAGCUGUUUGGCUAGUGUAUAGUUUAAUUUAUUAUUUAUAUUAUUAUCCUUUUUGGUCACUUUCCCCUAUCUAUGCUUUGACCUUUGCCAUUUGGCAUUUUUGCAAAA